CCUGGCACCUCUGCACGAUGAUGGUCCAAAAGCUUCAAAAGUCAGUUUUCGGCCACGCAUUUGUGAAUGAAGACGAUUUUACGUUUUCGUUAGGUUUGACCGCAUUUUUGAUUCCAUUCAGAGGUAGCAGUUCAUACUUCGAGAAAGAAAAUGUCAGACCAAGAAACAAUCUCAGAAUGCGAACCACGACAAGCGUCCACUGAUAGCGACUCUGGCGAGCAGGAAGAACAUGGUCAACCUAGCAGCCUAAAGCGUAAGCAUAGUGACGAUGAGGAAUCGGCUGAUGUUCCUCGAGCGGAUAAUCACACGACCGUCGUAGCAUCGCACUACAAUCAGUUGAAGGAACUAGGUCGUGGGGCACGGUACAGAACCAAGAUAUUUUACAUGAGAAAUUUCAAUAACUGGAUUAAAAGCGUCUUGAUCAGCAAGUAUGUGAAUCAGAUUCGUGACAAACUUCGCUGGGGCAGUCCACUUCGAGUGAUGGACAUGUGCUGUGGAAAAGGAGGCGAUCUACUCAAGUGGGCCAAUGGAAACAUAACGCACCUGAUCUGUACGGACAUUGCGGAAAUAAGUGUGCAGCAAUGCGAGGAACGCUAUCAAGCUAUGCGCCAGAGACCGGAUAACAGCAAACUGUUCACCGCAGAAUUCUUUGCAGCCGAUGCUACUCUACAGCGAUUGAGGGAAAAAUACAAGGAUCCAUCAAUCGAUUUAAAUCUGGUAAGUUGCCAGUUUGCAUUUCAUUAUUGUUUCGAAUCACUGAAACAGGCAAAGUUCAUGCUUAAAAAUGCAGCUGAAUGUCUGAAAACGGACGGAUACUUUAUUGGAACUAUUCCUGAUGCGUACGAAAUCAUGAAACGACAACGACAAGCUGGAAGCGACAGCUUCGGUAACGAUAGAUAUAAAAUAACGUUUCUGUGCGACACGGAACACCCACCGUUGUUCGGGGCCAAGUACAACUUUCAACUCGACGGGGUAGUCGACUGUCCGGAGUUUUUGGUACACUUCCCAACGCUUGUCAAGCUGGCGCGAAAACACGGCCUGAAGUUGAUUGAAUGCAAACGUUUCGGCGAAGUUUUCGACGAGUUUGAAAAAGUAGGAUCCUGUAAAACGUUAAUGAGACAAAUGCAGGGCUUAGAAACGUUUCCCGGAAACUCCCGGGAUGACUAUGAUCGGCAGCAAAAUAAAAACGAGUAUCAGCAUGCUCAUGAGUUCGUCGAUCAGCGCACCAGCAGACGGGGACCUAUUGGGACUUUAUCUAAAUCGGAUUGGGAAGUUAGCACGUUGUAUAUUUAUUUUGCAUUUCAAAAAGUGGCCACUAGCUGGAACAAAAAUGGAGAGCCGGUGUACGACUGAGUGAAGAUUUUUUUAGAAUAAAAAUAAACGCUAUCAAAACCA